GCUGGUCACAUGGGGAGAGCAGCCUGUUUAAAACAGCCUCGGCUCGUUCAGUCAGAGCAGUGCGAGACUCAGAGACAGACGCACGCGUUUCUCUCUCUCUCUCCCUCUAUUUCACGCGCGCACACAGGCACGCACGCUCACACAUGUUCAUGCACGCAGACGGCAACUUUCCUCUAUCGGACUGACAUUACGCACACAGCCGGGAUUGACACGCUCCCCCCGCUGCAGAGGAGAAGAGGAUAACGAGUGACAGUUCAGGAAAAGACAAGAAAUACAGAAAAAAAGACAUUCCCAGGUGAAGCAGAGGAACGCUCUGACAUUCUGUCUCGUCCAAGAUGGCCAACCUUGUGACAUCGCUGUGCUGCGUGGUUCUGGCUGCUGUGGUGGUGGCCUACGCUCAGAGACGCAGUCAGCUGGUUGCCAGGAACCAGUAUGAGCGGAUGGGCAGCGACGUCACCAUGCAGUGCGGCUCGCUGGACAACAACACGUCGGUGUCGUGGAAGGUGAACGGGACGGACGUGAAGGCCCAGCACCGCCUGGAAGGUCCCAGACUGAUCCUGACCCAGGUGGAUCUGGGCCACAACGGGCUCUACAGCUGCUUCCAGAACCCCCACGGAGAGAGACGCGACACCAUCUUCCUCCACAUCGGCAUUCCUCCUAGAGAGCCCACGGUCACCUGUCGGUCCAACACCUACCCCAAAGGCUUCUACUGCAGCUGGCACCAGCUCCACCCCACCUACAUCCCCACCACCUUCGAAGUGGACGUACAACACAACCAGCGGCUGCUAGAUGUGCAGAAAGACGCCGUCCACAAGAAUCGCUGUCAUGUUCGCUUUCCGGAGGUCUUCUCCAGCUUCCCCUACAAAGUAAACGUGACGGCAGUCAACUCCCUGGGGAAAGCUUUCACCACCAUCUCAUUCGAGGAGUCCAGUAUAGUAAAACCAGACCCACCGGAGCGCGUCACAGCGACCCCGAUCCGUUUGAACGCCCGGAGGCUGGAGGUGUCCUGGCACAGCCCCGCCACCUGGCCCGACAUCGACAACUUCCCCCUGAAGUACUUCCUCCGGUACCGGCCGCUCAUCCGAGAGCAGUGGCAGCACGUGGAGCUAUCUGACAGCACGUCCCAUACCAUCACCGAUGCCUACGCUGGGAAGGAGUACAUCAUCCAGGUGGCUGCUAAGGACACAGAGAUCGGAACGUGGAGCGACUGGAGCGUUGCCGUCCACGCCACUCCCUGGAUUGAAGAUCCUCUGCCAAUCACCUCCACGACCGAAGUGGACGUUUCCACCGAGGCGAAGACGUCCCCGCUACCGUCCUCCAACGCUCCACAGAAGGCCGAAGCUCCAGUGGGCAGAGCUGCCAGAGUGCUCACCUUCUUCUCCCCCCUGCUGUUAGGAAUGCUGCUGCUGUUCGUGUGAUGUAAAUGUCUUAUUCCUGAAGGGUGACGAGGAGAAGAGGAGGACGAGGAGGCUGGUAUUUUUCUAUUUUGCACAUGUUUCCAGGAUACAGUGCAUCGAUCAUUUCUGUCCAUCAGUUACUCACUAGAAUUCCCACGAUAUAAAAUCAGACGAUGACAAAUGCGACUCAGCAUUUUUGAUUAAAGGUGAUAAGGAAAUUCUUCAGAGGAACUUUAGACAACAGCAUCAUCAUCAACAACAACAACAACAAUAGCAGCAGCAGCAGCAACAGGAGCCACAACAGCAGCAGCAGUAGUGACAUCACCACACAGUCCUCUGCUGCCCCCUGGUGGCAUGGAUGUGCCACAGCAGACUGAUCCGGUUCAGUUUGGGAAGCUCCUCUUCACAAAAACAAGCCCUCAGAGACAAACAGCAUCUCUUCGUUACCUUUUUUUGUUCUUUUAUCCAUUCAUUGAUAGUCUUACUUUACCCUCUUCUGUAAGCGCAGCGCCGUACACACAAACACACACACACACAGGUAUAGAUUGGUGUGUUUGUGUGUGCGGUCUCAGUAGCGCUCCCUAUACAGCUUAGUCAUCAUGCCAAAGACUCAACUUACUCCCACACUUCAGUGGUUUCCCAAACAGUUCCUGAAGCUUUUCUGAAGCCCGUGCCUGAUGGAGAAGAAGAACGUGAGGAACCCUGUAGCUGCUGUUUAAAGCCACCAGAUAAAACAAUCAGACUCUGAUUCCGCCUCCGAAUCCAACCAAUGGAGCCGUUUUAUUUUGUUUUUCGAUACGAGGACUAACACUUUGAAGAAUCCAGUAACGGUAGUCUGGCUUAUUAGACCGGUAGCUUUACGUGCUUUCAGAGACUGGAGGAGGACCUGGAUUGUAAAAAAUAAAAAUAAAAAAUCAAAUAAAGUGGAUUUGAGACUGAACACUUCUUUUCCCACCCAUCUGUUUUUCAGUUUGACUUUUGUUGACAGCGACGGUUGGUUCUUGAAUUCUCUGUUGGUUUUUGUUUUUCUGCUCUGUGCUGUAAAAUACAAAAACACAAACAGUCUGCUUUUCCAAAUUCCUUUACAAACAUUAAAAAAUGUCUUUUUUUGCAGUUUACAUUUCAAUAGCCAAUAUCAGCAGUUAAUAUUAUGUUAUUCAAAGGAAUAUUGAUGUGUUUAUUGUAUUUUUGAUUUUAUGGACAAAUAAUAAAAAGACGCAUUUAGGGCUUUAGUUUGUUUUUGUUUUUUAUUUUCAUAAUGGCUUAAUUCUCCUUGAUCCUAUUUUGUAAACUAUGAUAUGUAACUUUAACAUUGAACAAAAAGUUUAUUAUUUAAUAAUAAUAAUAAUGUAUGUAUUAGCAGUAGAAUGUCGUAACCUGUACCUGGGGUCUUUUUUAUAGAUGUAUAUACAAUGACAGGUUUCAACCAUUAAAUGUGACCAUUUCACAAUGAA